CUCCUUUGGUUGGCGCUGAGGGGAAAGGCGAGGGGGAGGGCGUGGCGGUGUACGUGGUUUGCCGGCGCGAUGCAGGGGAUUUUGCUGGUGCUUCGGUAUCUGCAGGAAGGUGUGUUCCGUGGCAGAGUGUGCGUGCAGAGGAGAUCCGCGCGCUGUGCGGGACGUAUCGGGACAGGGUGGCGAUGGAAAGCCGCUGGGUGGUGCGUGAUUCAGAGACGGGCGAGGCCUCAUGCGGCGGCUUUAAUCUGGACAAAUCCGUCGUCAGCAAGGCCUCAUGCGGCGGGUUUAGUCUGGGGAGCAGCGAGGCGUCGGUGCUGGCCGGCUAUGACUGGAUGGUGGUGCGCUUUGUUUUCCCAUGGGCGCUACGGCCCUGGAGCCCAGCCCCCCCAAUGGGCGUCGGGUGUCGGCAGCGGCGGGUUCUCUGGCGGAUUGGUCCAUGGAUGCGGUGCCGGGGCUGGAGGAGUUCCGUUCGAUGCUAUGCGGCGCCCGCGUGGUCGUCCGCUUGCCGGCGUCUGGCCUGUCCAGGCAAGAUUCUGUGGAGGCUGCAAGGCUGGUCGAGGCAAUUGAGGGUUACCUGUGCUCUGUCGGCUGCUCCGUCGACAGAUUGCCGGCUUUUGCACUGACCAAUGGCUUGGUCGGGGGUGCUGUGGCUGCGACAGCCGGGUGCGAGACUUCUAUGCAGAUGCUUUCGCGCAGACCACCGGCUUAUAUUAUAAUUAAUGGUGAUAUGGAUGCGUUGCGCGCGGAGUUUCAGGUGCUGCGUGGGAUUUUGACUUUUUCAUCGGCUUCGGCUGCUGCUGCUUCUGGUAGUAGGCUGGGGGGAUCAAGUCCAAUGGCUGCGGCGGCCGAGACGCAGCGGCGACGUACCGCUACCACUAGCUAUGUCAGUGCCGCUGCCGCCGCUAGUAUCUCUGCGGCUGGUUCUGCGGGUGGUGGCUUUUCGGCUACUUUGGGUAUUAUUGUUUUGUGUUCCAUUGCUGCUGUGGCGGAGUAUCGCGAGUGCGUGAGGAUUUUAUCUUUGCAGCCGCACUCUCUGCCCCCGCCUGUGGUGAGGAUCGUUCCGAUGCCGUUGAGUGAGUUUAGGUUGCUCUCUGGUCUUCAUUCGGCAUGGGCAUCGAGGCGCCAGCAGCAGUAUUAUCAAUACCACCAGGAGCAGCAGCAGCAGCAGCAGCAGGUGGGCGGGUGUCGGCAUCAUCAGGCUGCUAGUUUUUACCAUGGGACGCGGACAUUCCCCACCCAACAGCAGAUGCAGCAGCAGAUGCAGGUGCAGGGUGCUGGCGGGUACGGGGUUGAUUCGGCGGUGGUUGGGGGACUAGGCAGGGACGUUUCGACGCCAACAAGCUCAAAUAGUGACGGGCUGUAUGCGAAUGUAUGGACUGUCGAUGAUGCACCAAGGGUUGUUUCCGCAGAUACCAGCUUUACUACCACUGUCUCAGCCAGAUCAGCGGGUGAUACUCUAGCUGCUGCUGCUGCUACUGCUGCGGCGGCGACGGAUGGCAAGAAGCGGAGGAAAAAUCGGCCUGGUGUUUUGAAUAUUACGUCGCUGGGGGGACUGCCGCCUCGCAUGGAGAUUGUUGAGGAUUCACAAACGGGGCCUGCAGAGAUGGAAGUAGCGGUUGAGGGGUUGCCUGGGUCUCCGCCGAGCCCGCUGAUCCAUGUUAAUCGCGAGCUGGCAAAGUCCCUGGGCUGCGCAUCGUCGCCGCGCGAGCCAUUGGUAACGGCGCCACCGCUGCCACCGCCGCUUCAUACAUAUCAUAUUGUUGAUGCGGGGUUGAGAAGGCACAUGGUGGGCUUGAGCGUAGUGCUGAGGCUGAGUCCGUAGUGGAUGAUCUUCGGCGCUGUCGACGACUAGCGCGGACAGCCAAAUUCCACUAUCACCACCACCACAACCACAGCAGGAGCAGCACCUAUUACCGCCAUUU